ACAGAACAAGUAUUGAAAUUGUUUUUAUUUUUUUAACUUAUAAUAUUGUCUUUUUUUUAUUUUAACAUUUUGUUUUGCACAAUAAGUACCUAGUUUAUUUGAUCUUACAGAAGAGAGAGAGAUAAAAAAACACCCGCCAAAAUGUAUGCAGGAAUGAUUGAUCUUGAUGAACUGACGCCAAAUCGUGAAUCUUGGCUCAAAACCGAAGUCAAUCCAGGUGAAACCCUUCUAAAAUUCACAAACCCCUUCAUCAUCAAGAAUGUUAACGCCAAAAUGCCUCCUGUGAAGCCACUUCCAAAACUUAAAAAAGAAUUUAAGAAAUCAAGCAGCCUGUUGGCGGACACAAGUGAUGAGAGGCAAUGUGUAUUGGACCUUAUAUCACCGCCCAGAAUGUGGACUGAUAAAGAUGGAACAACAUGGAUGCAGCAAGUGUCCCCACAGCCAACUCACCGCUGUCAAAUUCAACUUCUCAGAGAAAAGGUUGACAAUUUACUUGUUGAAACAGGCGCCAGGGAUUUCGGUAUCUGCCCGCGAAGAAUAAUAAUUUUCCAACAAGCGUUUGAUGAAAUAAUCCGACAAGUAACAAUAAGUUGUGCCGAGCGAGGUCUGAUACUGCUGAGGGUAAGGGAUGAACUUAAAAUGACAUUCACGUCUUACAAGCUCAUGUUCGAUGAUCUUCUCGUUUAUUGUGAUAAAAAAAUUACACCAUUAGAAGAAAGUCUUAUUCCUUUAGAAGAAGAGAAACAAUCACUUGAAAAGGAUAUACAGAAAAUAAAAGAUGAUAUUGACGCUCUGAAUAUGUUGUACGACAUAACACAAAGACGAAUAGCAGAAAAACGCCAUGUAGAAAACGAAUCACACAAAGACCUCGUUAAGGCACACAUUAGAACAAUGCUCCAAUUGAAGAAACUUAUCGCUGUUGUAUCGAAACCAGUGCCACAAGGGAGUGAAGACGAGGAGGAAGAAGUUGUGAAAAGGCUUAAAGUUCACAAAAUACCAGUUCCGGAAGAGAAGGCUCUUAAGAUAGCUCACGAAGAGAUGCGGCGCAAGGAAAAGAGGAUUAGGAGGAUGAAAAUUAAAACUUGCAAGGUCUUGCGGAUGAAAAAAAUGAAUGAAAAACUUAAGAAACUCUUUGAGAAGGAUUUGUUGAUAAAAAUGAAAACGCCGAAAGAGUCGGCCAAAAAAAUUGACAGUGUGGAUGAUAUAACACAGAUGAACAAAUAGUAUAUGCAUCAGGGAGAUUUUGGAUUUUAACUAUAAAAAAAACUGGUGAGAAUUACAAAUGAAAUACUGACCCUU